AGUUGUUUGAUUACCGUAGAAGCAUGGCAAGCGGUUUUAUUGAACGUUUUUCCGUCAGUGUAUUUGUUGUGGCAGUUUUGUUAAUUUGUAACAACGCUGUUAACGCAGAUGUAAAUGAUGACAAUCAGUUCAGUUCCCCGUGGUGCUACAAAUGCGAUGGUGGUAGAUGUAAAAAAACUGAGAUAAGCCCGCAAAAUUCGGCACCUUUAUCGCUCGAAGUUUGUCAAUUAUUUUGCGGAGAAGUCGGAGCUCUUUGGCCCCGACCGACCGGGCACUUAUCUCUUGGAAAUUUUGUCGUCCAAUUGAAUCCCGACGAUAUUGAAUUUCACGCAGCAAUCUCAACACCAAGUUCCGUACUCCUUGAAAAAAACAUCGAGAUACUUAAAAAAAAUAUCAAGAAUCUUGUUUCAACCGGGACGAAAACCGGAGGAAGUGGAGUUUUGAUACACCUGGGGCCAAGGAUAUCUUCAGAUAAUGUUAAACUCACCCUACAAACGAACGAAAGCUACGUGCUCCAAAUAUCCGAGAUUGCAGAUGGCAGGUUGAACGCAUCGAUAGAUGCGGAGACAUUUUUUGGUGCCCGACACGCUCUCGAAACUUUGUCACAGUUGAUAAUUUAUAAUGACUUGAGGUCUGAAAUCCAGAUCAUGAGAGACGCGUACAUAGCUGAUGGCCCUGUUUAUCCUUACCGCGGAAUACUCCUCGACACAUCCCGUAACUUUGUAGACAAGGAAACUAUCCUUAGGACUAUACGAGGCAUGGCUAUGAACAAGCUUAAUACCUUCCACUGGCACAUAACGGAUUCCCACAGUUUUCCCUACAAAAGUCGCACCUUCCCACAAUUGACUAAGUACGGUGCUUACACAUCGAAACAAGUUUACUCACAUGAUGAUGUAAAAGAAAUUGUAGAAUAUGGUCUGCUGAACGGAGUCAGAGUUCUACCAGAGUUUGAUGCCCCGGCACAUGUCGGUGAAGGAUGGCAAUGGGUCGGAGACAAUGCCUUGAUUUGUUUCAAUGCCCAGCCCUGGGAAAAUUACUGCGUUGAACCACCUUGCGGUCAAUUGAAUCCAGCGAGCGAGCGAGUUUACAAAAUCCUGAAGGGUAUAUACGAUGACAUGGUGGCUGAUUUCCAUCCUGAUAUUUUCCAUAUGGGAGGUGAUGAGGUCAAUAUCAAAUGUUGGAACACAUCUGAUCAUCUUAAGGACUGGAUGAAAUCGAAAGGAUGGGGACUCAGCGAAGCAGACUACUUCAAGGCAUGGGAAUAUUUCCAAUCUAAAGCAGAGGAGGAAUUCACAUCAGCAAAUGGAGGAGAUCAGGUUCCAGUAAUACUCUGGACCAGUGGAUUGACUACAGAGGCAAAUAUUGGAUUACUGAAACCUGAAAAACAUAUUAUACAAAUAUGGACUACCAAAGAUGAUCCCACAAUUGCUAGGCUCAUUAAAAACAACUUCAAAGUCAUUUUCUCAAAUUUUGACGCACUAUAUUUGGACUGCGGUUUUAGUGCAUGGGUAGGCAAAGGAAAUAACUGGUGUUCCCCUUACAAAGGAUGGCAAGAUGUGUACGACAACUCACCAAUUGCUAUUCUGCAGUCGCAAGGAUUUGGCAGAGAAAAGAAGGACCUCAUACUUGGUGGCGAAGCUACCCUAUGGUCUGAACAGGCAGACACUUCUGUCAUCGACAGUAGACUUUGGCCACGUGCUGCUGCCUUAGGUGAACGACUUUGGGCAGAGCCAGAAUCUUCAUGGAUCCAUGCCGAACACAGGAUACUUAGGCAUCGCGAGAGGAUGGUAAAUAAUGGAAUCCAUGCAGACAGUCUGCAGCCACAAUGGUGCAUGCAAAAUCAGGGAUACUGUAACUUCUGAGAGACAAAGCGUGAUGUUCAUUAGUUACGAAAAAAGAUUUGGGGGACUCCAUAGUCCAUAAUUAUAAGAUGACUGACCUUUAAGAUGAAUUUCCUGAACACAUACAUAUACUAAGUACUUGUAGAAUUUCGUCUGUGAAUUACAAUAAUAAAACUAUUUGCAUGUA